AUGUCAGGAUUUGGAGACGAACUUUUUGACGUUUUUGAGGGCGAUUCAAGCACAGAAAAAGCCCAAGAUGAUGCAAAAACGAACCAGAAUAAAACUUCAAAGAGUAAUGAAGGAUUGGAUCAAACAGAAGCGGCACAAAAGGCAGAAGAGUUGCUGCGCUCUGUGAUAGGUCAGAAGAGAGAAAAUAAAGAUGAUGAUGGUCCCGAUAGUAAAAGGGUUAAAGAGAUGGAAGAAGUCAAUCUCCAAGAAUCACUCCCAAGAAUACAGGUCCAUACAAUAGAAACACAGGAAUCAUGUACACAUGAGGUGGCAAUCCCACCUGAUGCGGAAUUCAUGCCUCUGAAACCACCAACUGGUAAACCACCCAAAGAAUACCCAUUUAUACUGGAUCCAUUCCAAAAGGAAGCCGUGUUGUGCCUUGAGAAUAAGGAAUCUGUCUUGGUAUCUGCCCAUACAUCAGCUGGAAAAACUGUCUGUGCAGAGUAUGCCAUAGCAUUGUCAUUACGUGAUAAACAAAGAGUAAUCUACACAACGCCAAUAAAAGCACUGAGUAACCAGAAAUAUCGGGAAAUGUAUGAGGAAUUUCAGGAUGUAGGUCUGAUGACUGGUGAUGUUACAAUCAAUCCAUCUGCUAGUUGUCUUAUUAUGACAACAGAGAUCCUCAGGAGUAUGCUGUAUCGGGGCUCAGAGGUGAUGAGAGAAGUUGCAUGGGUUGUCUUUGAUGAGAUACAUUAUAUGAGAGAUAAAGAAAGAGGAGUUGUGUGGGAGGAGACGAUUAUUCUACUACCAGAUAAUGUGCAUUAUGUAUUCUUAUCUGCCACUAUUCCAAAUGCCAGGCAGUUUGCUGAAUGGAUAUGCUACCUACAUAAACAGCCCUGCCAUGUUGUAUAUACAGAAUACAGACCAGUACCAUUGCAGCAUUAUAUAUUUCCAUCUGGGGGUGAUGGUUUACAUUUAGUGGUGGAUGAAAAUGGUGAGUUUCGAGAAGAGAACUUUAAUACUGCAAUGGCUGUCCUGAAAGAUAGCAAUGCUGGCAAGGCUGGACAGUGGGGGAAGAAAGGGGGGCAGAAGGGUGGGAAAGGUGAACCUGAUGUGUUUAAGAUCGUAAAGUUGAUCAUGGAGCGGCAGUUGGCGCCAGUUAUUGUGUUCAGCUUUAGUAAGAAGGAUUGCGAGGCUUAUGCUAUGCAGAUGGCUAAAUUAGAGUUCAACACAGCUGAGGAGAAAAGCUUAGUGGAAGAGGUGUUCAACAAUGCUAUAGAUGCUCUAUCAGAUGAAGACAAGAAACUGCCACAGGUUGAGAAUGUGCUGCCACUAUUGAAGAAAGGCAUAGGCAUACAUCAUGGUGGUCUGUUGCCAAUACUCAAGGAAACAAUUGAGAUACUCUUUUCAGAGGGUCUAAUUAAGGCACUAUUUGCCACAGAGACAUUUGCCAUGGGCCUGAACAUGCCUGCCAGGACUGUACUGUUCACUAGUGCCAGGAAGUUUGAUGGCAAAGAUUUUAGAUCUGUGUCUUCAGGUGAAUACAUCCAGAUGAGUGGCCGUGCAGGACGUAGAGGUCUGGAUGACAGGGGGAUUGUUAUACUCAUGGUGGAUGAAAAGAUGAGUCCUGGGGUGGGGAAGACUAUAGUGAAGGGCCAACCAGAUUCUUUGAACAGUGCAUUCCACUUGACAUACAACAUGGUGCUGAACCUACUAAGAGUGGAGGAGAUAAAUCCAGAAUACAUGUUGGAGAGAUCCUUCUAUCAGUUCCAGAAUUAUGGUGCAAUACCCGGCCUUGUGGACAAGGCUAAGAAACUAGAAGAGGAUUACAGUAAGACUACAGUGGCCAACGAGGACCAGGUUAAGGCAUACUAUCGUAUAAGGCAACAGCUCACCCAUCUUGCCAAGGAACUACAAGAAUUCAUCCAUAAACCCCAGUACCUGCUACCAUUUCUACAGCCUGGCAGACUGGUCCAGGUAGUCAAUGGAGAAAUGGAAUUUGGCUGGUGUGUCGUGGUGAAUUUCCAAAAGAAAGCAAAUCAAAGCAAAAAUCCUCAGGCGUCUGAACCAGUUUAUGUGGCGGAGGUCCUGGCAUACUUAGAUAAGGAAGUAGCAAACUCAGGAGUCAGUUCAGACAUCAAACCAUGUGCUAAAGGGGAGAAGGGAGAAAUGCAGGUUAUACCAGUAAUGACACACCUAAUAACUUCAAUUAGUGCAGUAAGGCUGUAUGUGCCACAGGACCUUAGGCCCCCAGAUAAUAGGCAAAGUGUCUACAAAUCCAUACAGGAGGUUUGUAAAAGAUUCCCCAAUGGCUUACCGCUGUUAGAUCCAAUAGAAGAUAUGGGGAUUAAGGACAAAGCCCUGAAAGAAGUUGUAAAGAAAAUUGAAGCAUUUGAACACAGGAUGUACUCUCAUCCCAUGCACAAAAAUGCCAAUUUAGAGGAACUUUACAAUGCUUAUGAUAAAAAGAUGCAGUUAGCAAACGAGAUAAAGGCAGUAAAGAGUGAGCUUAAGAAAAAGAAAUCUCUGCUACAGAUGGAUGAACUAAAGUGUAUGAAGCGUGUCUUAAGACGGCUGGGAUAUGUUGAUAUCUCGGAUGUUAUAGAACUGAAGGGCAGAGUAGCAUGUGAAAUUAGCAGCUGUGAUGAGCUGUUACUGACUGAACUGAUCUUCAAUGGUGUAUUUAAUGAGCUAACUCCCCAGCAAGCCAACAGUCUCAUGAGUUGUUUUGUAUUCCAAGAGAAAGCAUCAGAAAUGCCUAAACUUACAGAAGAGCUCUCACAGCCACUCCGGAUAAUGCAGGAAACUGCCACCAGGAUUGCAAAAGUGAGUGUGGAAGCAAAGUUAGAGCUGAAUGAGGAGGAAUAUGUUGAACAGUUUAAACCUCACAUGAUGGAUGUUGUACAUGCCUGGAGUAAUGGCUGCUCCUUCCUACAGAUCUGCAAGAUGACUGAUGUCUUUGAAGGUAGCAUUAUUAGAUGUAUGCGAAGGUUGGAAGAGACUCUACGACAGAUGUGCCAAGCCGCUAAAGCAAUCGGUAAUACAGACCUUGAAAACAAAUUCUCUGAAGGUAUUAGGAUGAUCAAGAGGGACAUUGUGUUUGCUGCUAGUUUAUACCUCUAGAGGGGAAAUCUCUACCCUAUAUAUCAAUAUACAAUGCAUCCAGGGUCUGUCUCUAUGAUGCUCAAAUGAACCAUACCUUGCUGUGGCUCCAGUGAUAUGCCAGAAACCAAUGUGACUGUUUCAGGAAUUUUAUGUUGCAUUGACUCUAUUCUCAAUUUACCUUUGAAUUAUCUAUAGACUUACGAGUAGGUUUACUUGGAUACAGCCGAUGGGUUUAAUCUAUAUUGAGAACUUUUACAUCUCUCAUUGUUAAUAGAAGCAUAAAUGGAAAAUAGUCCAUUGUAACCAGGGACAAUUAUUAUGGUCACUCAAAUAUAGCACUGUUAUUUGGGAUUCCUGAAACCAAUGCAGCUACAGGCAGACAGGGUGGUUUGUAUACUCCACUUGGGUAACCUGACACAGGUCAAGUACAAAUAGUUCAAGGUCAUCAUUUUCAUCCAAUUGUAGUAUUGUACAUAUUGUAUAUAUAAAAAACAUUUGUACAUUAUUUUAUGAAUGUAGUAAACAAAAUGUAAAAAUAAAUCAAACAAGAAAUAAAUAUUUUGGUAUUUGUUUGUUUUUUAUUGCAACAUUUAUACUAAAUGAUAAAAAUACAUUAUAUUCAGCCAUAUGUGCGCAUCAGUAAUGACUUUAAUUAUUACAUGAGUCAGUGUGAAUAUGAACAAUACAAGAUAAACAUUGGAAAUAGUAACUAACAUCUAUUGUAUCUAUGCAGGUCUACUGUAUAGAAAAACAGGUACACUGUUGGACUUAUUUUUGGAAUAAAUAAUAUCAAGUUUGAUUAAUAAUGAGAACACCUAAUGUUCAGUUUAAUUGCUAGAUCAGAAAAUCUCAUGACCAGUCAUGUAUUCUGAGUUACAUAUGUGCAAUGUCUGAAUGUGUGACUUGAAUUUUCCUGAGUUUUUUUACAAACUGUCUACAAGACAGCCAUGUUGCAACUUAAGUAUUCCAUAAAUAUGAUCAACAGUGUAUAUAAGUAACAUUAUUACACAACAUUAUUGCGAAUUUGCAUAUGGUUUAACAAUAGGUUUAUUAAAUAUCCCCACAUGCUUUUCAAAUGUCACAGCACCUAGUAAUUUUGAAACAACUAUAAUGCAUCACUUCUACUAUGUGUACUAGUUUUCAUAACAAUUAAUAUCUUGGAGGAUUUUUGCAAAUUAAUGAUACAUCUGUAUUCUGAAUGAAGUUUAUUGUCUCUGGAAGCACCAUCCAUGAAGAGCAAAUUAAAAGUGUCUAGACCGAUAACAAAUUAGAUGUUCUGAUGGACCAAUGUUGAAUUAGAAAACACAUAGUCACAUUCAAAAUAUCUCCAAAAAUGUAGGACAUUAAGUGGAGCAGAUUUUCAUUGGUUCAUUGAUCAAUCAUUGCUUGAGAGCAAAAUGGCAGAUCAAGAGAAUACUCCAGCAACAUAAUUCCCCAAAGCAAAACAACAUUGGUGGUAGGCUAUUGUAUGAAUCAUUUGAUUUAUGUUUUGUCAGUGCAACAUAUAGACCUAUAACUGUAUGAUAAGGUUCCUUAAGAGUCCUUGAGAUCAAGCUAGAAUUAACUUACUAAGGUGGUCAUUUGGUGCAAAUGCACUUAUUUACAAGGACAACAUUAUUUGUCAUUUAUAUGCAAAUAUUUUACUAAAAUUUCGGAUCCAACAAGUUUAGUAAACUUGAAAAAAAUCUUUAAAAUCAUACAGGUAUGUUAACAUUUGUGUGAAAUAUGAUCAACCAAUCAUCAUCUUUUACAUAAUAUGAACAUACACAGGAGAGUUUCAGAUUAUUGGAUUUGUACAACAUGUUCAUAAUAUUAGUAGUCAUUAGCUAAAAUUGUUGACACAAAAAAAUUGGAGAAAAAUAUAAUUUUCUACCUUUUACAGGAAGUUUAAAUAGGUAUUUAAACAUUAGACUGAUGCUACACUCAACACUACAACAUUAGGAAUCCAAAAUAUAGAUGAUAUGUUACAUUUUUUGGCAUUUGUAAAAAAAUACAGUGAUCUUAAUUCAACUUUCAUUCUAUCUUAACUCUUCAAAUGUUGGCCUAGCUUGAGAAUGAAAACACACUCUGUCCAUAUUAAGUUUAUUAUGUGUUUGAUCAUUUGAUGAAUGAAUUUGAUCUAUGAAUGAUCUUCAAGGUAACUUCCUUCCAAGGACCAUUAUAUCACAGCCAGCACCAUCUAUCUAUUAUAUACUAAACUACAAGGCUGGUAACUUAGAGACAAUAAUUUUUUUCAUUAAUGUGAUGUAUCAUGGUUUUCAACUUUCAUAUUUUUGAAACUUGUCAGAAAAGUUAUUAGCGAUUGAUCUAUAAUGAAAUAUAACAUUAUGUCAUAAUGCUGCGAUAUUGCCAAAAAUAGCAAGAAAUUCUAUGCUUUAUUCUGAAUUUCACGAUUUGCAUGUGACUUUUGCCAUGAUUCAAGUAUCAAAAUAAGGAAAGAGUAGUAAGAAUCAACUGAGACCAACAGCUAAGAUGAAGUAUAUACCAAAUCAAUGAAUAUGACCAAAUAAAAACCAAGGUACAAACUGAAGUCAAAAGAGUUACCACACUUUCAGUGUAAUAAUAGUGUAGCCAGAGCUCACUGUGUGUUAUAUGCCUCAUUUCAAAAAAUAAGUGUACAUGUACAAGGAAAACCACUGAGGCAAAUAACAGGUCAAGGUAACAAUAACAACUAUUAACAAGGCAUCAAUUAUAUGCAAAAUGUCACCACCAGCCAUUUGUUA